AUGCAACAAUUUAGUUUUUACCACACUAUUGAAGGACAAUUAUAUAAGACAACAUGUAUCUUAGCAGAGAAAUCUUAUCAUAAUAAUCUUAAAGUUGUCAUUUUAACAUUAGAUGUAGAUGUACAAGAACAAAUUAAUAAACUUAUGUGGACCUAUUCUCGUAAGCACUUUAUUCCACAUGGUAGUAAACUUGAUCCAUUACCAGAAAAACAACCUAUCUAUAUUACUCAUAUAAUGGAAAAUCCUAAUAAUGCUAAUAUUUUAAUAAUUACUGCACCUUUUAAUAUUGAAAUGAUUCUUAAUGAAUCUCAUCUGAUAAUUCAAGCUAUUAAAACUAUAGGUCUUAACGAUAAUUAUAAGAUUGAUUAUUACAAGCAAAGUCCUAAUUAUUCUUGGUCCAAGGUAAUAUUAAAUUAUAUGACACUAGAGCAAUUUAGACAAAAAUAUCAUUAUGCUCAAUCAACAAAAAUGAUACAACAAUAUUUAGAUAUUAAAUUUGCUAAUAUUGAUUGUCUCGUACUGUUUAGAAUGGGGGAUUUUUAUGAAUUAUUCUUUGAUGAUGCAAUUAUAGCUAGCAAAAUAUUAUCUAUUGCCCUUACUAAAAGAGGUAAGAAUGGUGAUGAUGAAAUUGCUAUGUGUGGUGUACCUUACCACUCACUAGAAACAUAUUUAAACAAAUUAAUUGAUAGUAAUUACAAAGUGGCAAUUUGUGAUCAAUUAGAAACACCAGAAGAAGCAAAAAAACGAGAUGGCUAUAAAGCUGUAGUAGCAAGAGAUGUCACUCGUAUUAUUACCCCUGGUACAAUCACUGAAGAAUCAUUAAUUACAGUCAAUGAGCCCCACUAUUUAGCAAGUAUAGUGCUAGUUAAAAAUAGGGCUGCAAUUUGUUAUGUAGAUUUAUCAAUUGCAGAAAUUGCAGUACUUGAUAUUGAUCACAAUGAGAUCCAAGAUAUAAGAGCAAUAGGUGAAUUAUCAAAACAUCAAAUAAGCGCUAUUGGUAGUAUUAUAGAAUAUUUAUCUUUAACACAAAAACAAAAUAUACCAUUAUUACCAUUACCUAAAAUUAUUAAUCACCUUAAUUUCAUGAAUAUUGACCUUGCUACUAGGCGCAACCUUGAAAUUACUUAUAAUUUACUAGGUCAAGUUAAAGGUAGUUUACUUGACUCUAUUGAUUAUACAAUCACUAAGUCUGGUCGUCAACGUUGUCUUACACGUAUUAUGAUGCAUCGUAGUUCUGGUCAGAUUGCAUCACAAAUUAAAGACGAGUUUUUACAAAUUUGUGGUUUUAAUUUACCUAACUUUAUCGAAAACAUAUUAAAACCUUUAUCUUGUAAUGAAGAAUUAUCUUCUUUAAUAGAACAAGCUAUUAGAGAAGAUGCUCCAAAUAAUUUAAAUGAGGGUGGUAUUAUUAAAUGUGAAUAUCAUCCUAAAAUACAAGAAUUAUACUCUUUAAUUAAUAAUAGUAAGGCAUUUAUUGAAAAAUUAAAGGAUCAGUAUCGUAAAGAAACUAAUAUUGAUAAUCUUAAAAUAUCACAUAAUAAUGUUCUAGAUGUAUUUUGCAAUUUUGCCUAUAUUGCUAAUGAGUAUAAUUAUAUAAAACCUAUCUUAACACAAGACUUAAGUUUUGAGAUUAUUGGUGGUCGCCAUCCUGUAAUUGAACAAAAUCUAUUAAGUAACAGCAAGAAUUUUAUUAAAAAUGAUUGUACACUAUCAGAAAAUAAUAGAAUAUGGUUAAUUACUGGCCCCAAUAUGGCUGGUAAAAGUACUUUUUUAAGGCAGAAUGCAUUAAUAACUAUAUUAGCUCAAAUAGGCAGUUUUGUUCCAGCUUGCAAAGCUAAAAUAGGAGCUGGUGAUGACUUAUUACGUGGACAAUCUACCUUUAUGUUAGAAAUGCUUGAAACUUCAGCUAUUUUAGCGCAAGCAACACAAAAUUCCUUAAUUAUAUUAGAUGAGGUAGGUAGAGGUACCGCCACUUAUGAUGGCGUAUCAAUUGCUUGGUCGGUACUUGAAUAUAUUCAUGAUAAGUUAAGAUGUCGUUGUUUAUUUGCCACUCAUUAUCAUGAAUUAACUAGUAUGAGUAAUUUUUUACCUAGUUUACAAAAUCAUACUGUUGCCAUUGAAGAACUAGACAAAGAAGUUUUAUUUCUACAUAAUAUUAUUCCUGGAUCGAUAAAUAAAUCUUAUGGAAUUCAUGUUGCCUACUUAGCGGGCCUACCAAAAUCUGUUAUAAUAAGGGCGAGAGACAUUUUAAAAAAAUUUGAAAAAAUAAGCAGUACUCAAGGGACAAAAAUAUUAAAUACUGAAUCAAAUAAUUUAAGUUUAUUUAGCUUACAAAUUGAACCUAAAACACAAUAUGAUAAACUAAGAGAAGAAAUAAUUAAUAUUGAUCCAGAUCAAUUAUCUCCUAAAGAAGCCUUGGAAAUAUUAUAUAAAUUGAAAGGAUUAGUAGAUAUUAAGAAUAUGAAAUAA